AUGGAGAAGGGCGCGAGCUUGGGUCUGGUUGAGAGCUGGACGGAGUGGGAUCCACUUCGCGAAGUUUGGGUCGGCUCGUUGGAGCACAAGUCCCUGACGCCUCCGCAGGAGCCAGCGGUGGCGCGAAAGGUGGCAUGCUACCAGAAGUACAACUGGCCCCUCAGGAACGGUUUCGCCACAGAUGCGGACUGUUUGGCCGAGGCAAAGAUUCAAUUGGACGGCUACGUGAAGGUCUUGAAGCAAGAGGGCAUCAUCGUACAACGACCAGAGCCCUUCGAGACGCAGGAGGCGGUGCAGACGCCCAUGUGGUCUGUCGACAGGAUGAGUGGUUUCACAUGUCCACGCGACCUGUUCUUCGUGGCCGGCAAGCAGGUCAUCGAGGCGCCCAUGAGCUGGCGCAGCCGGUUCUUCGAGCACCUGGCAUGGCGGGAUCUGCUGAUGAGCUACUACCGGUCUGAUCCCAAGAUGCGGUGGUCCGCCGCUCCAAAGCCCAUGCUCUUGGAUGAGAGCUUUGGGGGCGACGGUGAGGAGCGUACAAUUCGGAACACGGAGAUUUUCUUUGAUGCCGCUGACUCCCGACGUUUCGGCAAGGACGUCUUCUUCCAGAGCGCGCACACGGCUAAUGACUUAGGACGAGAAUGGGUCCGCCGUGAGCUUGCUGCUCAAGGCACUCGGGUUCAGGACUUCCAUUUCGAAAGCCAGUUUCACUUCUCUCACAUCGAUGCCCGCCUGACUCCGGUGGACGAGGGCCUCUGCUUCUUCUGCUCGAUGGACAGACCAACUCCCGAGAUGAUUGAGCUUUUCAAAGAGAAUGAGUGGGCCAUCUUGGACGGAGGAGUUCGCGAGGACUGCAGGUGCACAGCUGACCAGUGCGCGCCGGGCAUUCAUCUCAACGUGCUCACGAUUGCGCCCAAAGUCUGCAUGGUGGAAAAGAACGAGAGGAAGCUCAUCAAGCUCUUGGGCGAGGAAGGUGUGGAUGUCAUCCCCAUCGAGUUUUCAGCCUGCUACCCCUUCGGGGGAGCAUUGAACUGCUACACCCUGGACAUAAACCGGCAGGGGACUCAGAAGUCCUACUUCCCCUCCUUGGACGAGAAGGCCGAGAGGGCAGCGGCCAAGGAGCUUCUCUCUGAGAAGCCUUGA